CCUUGCCAGAAAGAGAUGCAGAGAUGUCUCCUCGAGAGAACGGUUGGGUUCCCUGAGAAUUUGAAUUGGUUUACUAUCCAACACGCCAAACCAAGGCCAAUCCCACCUAGCAUUGUAAAAUCUUUUACUUGUGCUGCUAAAAGUUUUUUGGCAACUGCCCACAAUGGUGCAAGCUUCUCAGAGUCUUUACAGUUGUAUUCUUCUUUGAUUCAGCAAUGUAUAGGGAUAAAAUCCAUCACAGACAUCACAAAAAUUCAAUCCCACGCACUCAAACGUGGGUUUCAUCAUAGUUUAGGUAAUAAGCUCAUUGAUGCGUACCUCAAGUGCGGUAGUGUCGUGUACGCGCGUAAAGUGUUCGAUGAAGUGCCUCACAGGCACAUCGUUGCAUGGAAUUCUAUGAUUGCUUCUUACAUUAGGAAUGGUAGAAGUAAAGAAGCUAUUGAGAUUUAUCAGAGGAUGGUUCCUGAUGGAAUUCUACCUGAUGAAUUCACAUUUUCCAGUGUUUUCAAGGCGUUUUCUGAUCUGGGACUUGUACAUGAAGGCCAAAGAGCUCAUGGGCAGUCAGUGGUACUGGGUGUGGGGGUUUCUAACGUCUUUGUUGGUAGUGCUCUUGUUGAUAUGUAUGCCAAGUUUGGUAAAAUGAGGGAUGCUCGCUUGGUGUCUGACCAAGUUGUGGGGAAAGAUGUGGUUUUGUUUACAGCUUUGAUUGUCGGUUACAGCCAUCAUGGUGAAGAUGGUGAAUCUCUACAGGUUUUCAGGAAUAUGACGAAGAAGGGCAUUGAAGCAAAUGAGUAUACUUUGUCGAGCGUCUUGGUUUGUUGUGGGAAUUUAGAGGAUUUGACUAGUGGUAGAUUGAUUCAUGGUCUCAUCGUUAAGGCUGGCCUUGAGUCUGCUGUUGCUUCGCAAACUUCACUCCUUACAAUGUAUUAUAGAUGUGGCUUGGUUGAUGAUUCUUUAAAGGUUUUCAAGCAGUUCAUUAACCCCAACCAGGUGACUUGGACAUCAGUUAUAGUGGGUCUUGUGCAAAAUGGUAGAGAAGAGCUUGCUCUAUUAAAGUUCCGUCAAAUGUUAAGAAGUUCAAUAACUCCUAAUUCUUUCACAUUAUCUAGUGUUCUUCGAGCUUGUUCAAGCCUUGCAAUGCUCGAGCAAGGGAAACAAAUUCAUGCCAUAGUCAUGAAAUUUGGACUGGAUAUUGAUAAAUAUGUGGGUGCCGCACUUAUUGAUUUCUAUGGGAAAUGUGGAAGUACAGAAAUAGCAAGGUCAGUUUUUAAUGGUUUGCUUGAAGUUGAUGUGGUAUCUGUGAACUCAAUGAUAUAUAGUUAUGCCCAGAAUGGUUUUGGGCAUGAAGCGCUUCAACUAUUCAAUGGGAUGAAAGACACAGGACUUGAGCCAAAUAAUAUUACAUGGCUGGGUGCUCUUUCAGCAUGCAACAAUGCAGGAUUGCUUGAAGAAGGCUGUCAUAUCUUUUCCUCUGCUAAGAACAGCGGUAACAUAGAACUGACCAAAGAUCACUAUGCUUGCAUGGUUGAUUUGUUGGGGCGUGCUGGGAGACUUAAAGAAGCAGAAAUGUUGAUAAACCAGGUGAACAUUUCAGAUGUUGUUAUAUGGAGGACAUUGCUUAGUGCAUGUAGGAUUCAUGGGGAUGUUGAGAUGGCAAAAAGAGUAAUGAAUAGAGUGAUUGAUCUCGCACCUGAAGACGGUGGCACUCAUGUCCUGUUGUCCAAUCUUUAUGCUUCAACUGGUAAUUGGAGCGAGGUGAUUGAGAUGAAAAGUGCGAUGAGGGAGAUGAGAUUAAAGAAGAAUCCUGCAAUGAGUUGGGUUGAUGUUGAAAGAGAGAUUCAUACUUUCAUGGCUGGAGACUGGUCCCACCCAAACUUUAGGGAUAUACGCGAAAAGUUGGAGGAAUUGAUAGAAAAGGUUAAGGAAUUGGGUUAUGUUCCUGAUACGAGAUUUGUGUUGCAAGACUUGGAUGAGGAGAAGAAAAUAAGGUCUUUGUAUUAUCACAGUGAGAAGCUAGCCGUAGCCUUUGCUCUAUGGAGGAGCAAUUAUAAGAAUACUACUAUCAGGAUUCUCAAGAACCUUAGAGUCUGUGGGGAUUGUCAUACUUGGAUGAAAUUUGUCUCCAAAAUUGUUGGGAGGGAUAUAAUUGCUAGAGAUGUAAAGAGAUUUCAUCAUUUCAGAAAUGGGUUAUGUUCCUGUGGUGAUUAUUGGUGAAUCUGUUCAUGAGGUCUUUAUCUCAUUCGAGGGUUGUUCAUGUGCAUAUACCCAUUUUCUACUGUUCAUUAUGUACAGGCACCCGUGGAUCUGGACCAUUGAUUGAUGCACCAACUAUUUCAAUAAUAAUAUAAAAAAAGCCAUCUGCAUUUGGAAGAGCUGCUCCAACUCCAUUAGCCCUUGGGAACUUGAAGUUGCUAGGCUUGUCAUCAGACUACUGCUGUGGCAACCGUGUGGAUAAUGUCACACCCUAUACAAAUGAGCAGCCCCACCUUUAUUUGAGCAUAUUCAUGGUUGGGCGAAGUUUCUAGGUUCAGAGGAAAGCUAUUCAAUUUCUGCUGAAAUUUCCUACUCCUUGAAACGGUCAGGAGAUUUCAGAACCUUUAAUAUCAUGUUUGGUAGGUGGGAAUUAGGAAUAGAAAUAAUUUUUUUUUUUUUUUCAUUUCUAUUUCUUCUUGAAUGAAAAUGAAUUCGGUAAUUCUAACUCUCAUGUUUGGACAUAGGCAGGAAUGUAAGGUUAAAAGUAUUAUUUGUUUA